AUUGGGGGAAGGCAGGAAAAACCCUGACCCUCUCCCAUGGGGCCUCAGCCAGUGAUACUGCUUCCCGGAUGAGAAGGACGGCCCUGAAGCCCACAGCGAAGCCAGCCCCACGGCCACCGGCCCUCCAGUCUCCUCACGGCUCUGCAACAGCCCAGACCAGAAGCGCUCCCGACAGAAACGCAGGCGUGCACCAGUCCUAAUGUCGGUCAAGGACAACAUGGCACCUGCCCCCACAGAAGGCUUCACCACGGCACCUGCUAGUGACUUCGGAGAGAUCCACAACUGGAAUGAGCUGCUCUCCUUCUUCAACCACACCUUGCCCGAGUGCCACAUGGAGCUCCGAGAGGACACCAAGCAGGUGAUCCUCUUUGUCCUCUACCUGGCCAUCUUUGUGGUGGGCCUGGUGGAGAACCUCCUGGUGAUAUGGGUCAGCUGGCGCUGCUUGGGUCGGGCGGGGCUGCUGAACCUCUACGUCCUCAACAUGGCCAUCGCAGACCUGGGCAUCGUCCUGUCUCUGCCCGUGUGGAUGCUGGAGGUCAUGCUGGACUACACCUGGCUCUGGGGCAGCUUCUCCUGCCGCUUCACGCACUACUUCUACUUUGCCAACAUGUACAGCAGCAUCUUCUUCCUGGUGUGCCUCAGCAUCGACCGCUACGUCACCCUCACCAGCACGUCACACUACUGGCAGCGGCACCAGCACCGAAUGCGGCGGGCUGUGUGUGCAGGAGUUUGGGUCCUCUCGGCCAUCAUCCCACUGCCCGAGGUGGUGCACAUCCAGCUGGUAGAGAGCUCUGAGCCCAUGUGCCUCUUCAUGGCGCCCUUUGAAACCUACAGCACGUGGGCCCUGGCAGUGGCCAUGUGUACCACCAUCCUGGGCUUCCUACUGCCCUUCCCGCUCAUGGUGGUCUUCAACGUGCUGACGGCCUGCCGGCUUCGGCGGGCGGGAUGGCCUGAGGGCCGGCGCCACUGCCUCCUGGUGUGUGCCUACGUGGUCAUCUUCGCCAUCUGCUGGCUGCCCUACCACGUGACCCUGCUCCUGCUCACACUUCACGGGACCCACAUUGUCCUCCACUGCUACCUGGUCCACCUGCUGUACUUCUUCUACGACGUCAUUGACUGCUUCGCCAUGCUCCACUGUGUGGUCAACCCUAUCCUUUACAACUUCCUCAGCCCGAGAUUCCGGGACCAGCUGCUGAGUGCCGUGGUCCAUUACCUUCCCAAGGCCCGGGCCAGGGCAGACAGACAGGCUUCCUUGUCCUCCUCCUCCUCCACUCAGCAUUCCAUCAUCAUCACCAAGGAGGGCGCCCAGCCUGCUGCGGCAGUCCCCCAGGACCACCAAGCCUGAACCGGUAGGCGCCAAGGACCUCACCCCUCUCCGUCCCUCAGUGUAGAUCCUACUCUCCAUCAGUGAAGAAGAAAGCUGCGGGUGUAGGUGAGAGAUUUGGGGGGAGGGGAGGAAGAGCCAAAAUGCUCACGGUCGAUCUUGAGUAUGUCUUAUAAAAGUGAGAUGGGGAGGAGGUGGGGCAGGGAGGGGCAGAGAAUAGGUCUUUGGUGGUGUCCUGUUCGUUUCAAUCCUCGGGACUCAAGAAGAGACUUGGGAAAAAUGGUGAAAUGAGUAACACAGAAAGCGGUGACUCUGGCUCUUUCCAAAAUCUGUACUUCCAGCUGGGAUAGGCUAAAGAGAGGCUCAGCAGAAACUCGACACACUCAUUUCAACAAUCACCCUGGCCGGAAAGAGUGUGCUCCGUGGGGACCUCACACAACUUUCCUUCUGUGCUUGUGUGCUUGCUGAUUCCCCCCACACACACACUGUGCAGGCUGUGAGGACAAGCGGUCAGAGGCCAAGGAACCAGGAGGCCUCAGCAGUUUCCUAGCAUCCUCGGUGAUAUGAUGGAUGGAGGGGGUGAAGCAGAGGUCUGGUGCCCCACCCCCACCUCCAGGAAGUGGCUCCAUUUCCUUGCUGAUACUCUCCCCUUCAUCCAUCCUGCUUCCCUCCCCACGAAGCAGAGGAACCAUCCCAGAAUCAAUGUUCCUCGGAGCCCACCUGCUCCCACCUUCAGAUGUAGGACAUUUCCAGACUUCUAGGAAGAGAUUCUAUCAGAAAUCCACCCCCAUCCCUCCCUUUCUCUCUAGAUCAUGGGAAAAUAUCAAGGGACAUCCAUUCUGACAGCAGACCUCGGGAGAGUCAGCGGCAGAUGCUUCCAGAGGCUCUGUCCCUCAGCCCUUGUCCCCUGAGCAGGGGAUGGGAAAGUAGAAAUUUUCCGAUUCUGUCACAAGGCACAGCUCUGGUAUUCUAAGUCAGUCCUCACCCUUAAACUUCAUUCUCCCUGGCCAGGUCUUCCAUUAAUUUUCCUGCCCAACAACUUACUUCUAUUCACGCUUGUCCUAUAAAUAGGAAAAGAAGCCUUCAUGUUGGCAAGUAGGUCUUCUGGAAAAGACUCAUUUAUCAGUUUGGGAAUCUAGGACCAUGUCCAUGAAGGAAAAGUCUAAGAAUCAGUCCCCAGCCCUCUAGUUCCAAGUGCUUGGUGUCCUAACUCCACCGGAGCAGAAUAAAGGGCUUGUGAAUAUAAUCACUGACGGCCUCUGCUCUGCUCAAGAGCUCAGUAUUGCUGGGAUGUUUCACUUGGAAUAACCAUUCACUGACCUGGAGCACCGUCCCGCUUUUAGAAAUCUGAGAACUGCAUUUAUCUGAUGCACUAAACAUGUGCUCCGAUAGUGUAUGUACCCGUCUGUCAGGGGCACAGAGGGAAAUGCAGCUGCAGUCCCGCUCACCGGACCCAAAUCCAAAAGGGUCUUAAGCGACAGAGAGCUGCUCCGUGGCACAGAGCUGAAGGCUUUUUCAGCCAGGACAGUCCGGAUUGUGACUUGGGGUUGCAGGAAGGCAUUAACCUAACAAUACACAAAAUGAAUUAAAAAAGACUUACCUCCUUUGUGCCCAUAUAAAAACGAAGCCCAGGGGCACUGGGUGACUCAGUGGGUUAAGCCUUUGCCUUUAGCUCAGGUCAUGAUCUCAGGGUCCUGGGAUGGAGCCCCACAUUGGGCUCUCAGCUUGGUGGGGAGCCUGCUUCCUCCUCUCUCUCUGCCUGCCUCUCUGCCUACUUGUGAUCUCUCUCUAUCAAAUAAAUAAAUAAAAAUCUUUAAAAAAAUAAAAUAAAAUAAAAAAUAAAAUAAUAAGUAAAUAAAAAUAAAAACCAAGCCCAAAUCUGAUGCCCUUAUCAGUGCCUCUGCUGACUUGAAGUUCCAGAAGUUUCCUAAAGGGAACCCAAUGUCACAUCUGUCACCUCCUGGGUUACCUGGGACACCAGCCCCCCAGGGGCUCAAUCUUCUCAAGGAUUUCUUUGGCAACGCGUUGUCACCUGGGGUGGCAGGAAUACUUCCUUAGGGGCUUGGGAGGCCAGAGCCCAGGGUGUGCUGACAGCAACAAGGCUGCUCUGAGCCCUGACCGGCGCCACAACUGACCCAGUUGUGGAGACCAGAUGGACCAUGUCACGCCCCAACUUCUGAUGUCUAGUUCCUUCCUUGUGGAGGUACGUUUGUUAACGACCCCAUGAGACCGGGCCAAACUUCCACCUCCACUGAGUCUGCUUCUGUCCGCCUGGACAUGCCACAUCAGUGAAUCAGAUGGCACUGGCAGGACAAUCCGAGGCUGAACCUCUAGCCCAACAUUAGCAGAGUUCACUACUCUCUAGGCCAACAGAUCCCCUGGGGGAGGUUUCCCCUGGAAAGGCUAGGCUACUGACUUAGUUUGCCACUAAAAACAGGUCAACAGGUUAACCCCGGGGAAUUCCAGCUACAGGAAAGGAAACCUGUGGGGGUGCCUGGGUGGCUCAGUUGGUUAAGCAUCUGUCUUCAGCUCAGUUCAUAAUCUCAGGGUCCUGGGAUUGAGCCCUGUGUCGGGCUCCCUGCUCAGCAGGGAGCUUGCUUCUCUCUCUCCCUCUGCCUCCCUCCCAGCUUGUGCUUUUUCUCUCAAAUAAAUGAAAUCUUAAAAAAAAAAAAAAAAAAAAAAAAAAAAAAGGAAAAGAAACUGUGCUACCCGAAAGAAUCCAGGCAUCAGGCGUGCCUGGGUGACUCAGUUGGUUAAGCUUCUGCCUUUGGCUCAGGUCAUGAUCUCAGGGUCCUGGGACUGAGCCCCAAGUUGGGCUCUCGGCUCAGUGGGGAGUCUGCUUCUCCCUCUCCCUCUGCCCUUCCCCUCUGCUCAUGCCCUAAUAAAGAAAAUCCUUUAAAAAGAA